AAAAAAAAAUAAAAAAAAAGCAACACUCGGUUCGGUUUCUGAUUUUUCGUUUCUGGUUGGUGCUUGUGAACUCCUAGAACGGGAACCACACAGCUCGUCGUCUUGUUUUUUGCCUUAUCCGGUAAAUAAUCGAUUACCGGCCAGUGAAUCCACAGAGUUUAUCCUGGAUUGUUACCGUUAAGUAGUGCCACCGUCCCAAAAAUGUCCGCUAUUUCCGCCAGUGAGAAGCCGCAUAUGCAGCAGGUCGAUCUGAACACACUUAACCUGCAGCAGCUGACUCAGCUGAAGAAUCAACUGGACCAGGAGCUGACCGUUUUUCAAGAAUCACUGCAAACUCUGAAAAUGGCUCGCGUGAAAUACUCCGGCUCGAAGGAAGCACUGGAACAGUUCAAACCCGACUGGAACGAGAAACAGAUUUUGGUGCCACUGACGGGGAGCAUGUACGUUCCCGGGACCAUCAAAGAUGCAGACAAUGUAAUCAUCGACAUUGGAACCGGUUACUACGUGGAAAAUGACUUGGAAAGCGCAAAGAACUUCUUCAAGCGGCGGGUCGAUUUCGUUCAGGAACAGAUGGAAAAAAUCGAAGUUCUGGGCAUGGAAAAAUCCAAAAUCCGAGAUGCGAUUCGCGAGGUGAUGGAAAUCAAAUUGUUGCAAUUCGAGAAGGAACUGCAGAAGAAGCGAGAAGGAGCAACCAACUAAUUGCAGAAUCGUAUAAGCUGGCAGACUUCACACUAAAAUGCUUUGGAUCAACAUACUCUAAGAUGUUGAGUUUUUUCACUGCUCCAACGCUAGUUUCAUGAUUUUUUUUACCGAAUGUUUGUAUUUAUUGUGAAAACUUUCAUACGCUAAAAAUAUUUCAAUUCACUUCGACUUUACGCUAAACCAAAAGUAGCUUAAGCGUCAAAUUAACAUGCACAUUUCUUCGUUGGCCUCCGGGAUUAAAAUUUGCAUUUACCAACUCACCAA